AUGACUAACUCAGUAUUUGAGAAAGUGAAUCCAUUGACACGUUACACAAUUCAAGAUUGUGUUGGGAGAGGUAAUUUUGGAGAUGUUUAUAAAGCUAUAGACAAGAAUGAGAGUAAAGUUGUUGCUAUUAAAAUUGUUAAUUUAGAAAAUACAGAUGAAGAUAUCGAAUUGCUUACACAGGAAAUUUUCUUUCUGUCAGAACUAAAAUCUCCUUUCAUCACAAAUUAUAUAACUACAUUAACAGAAGAUGUUACUAUGUGGAUUGUAAUGGAAUAUUGUGGAGGUGGCUCUUGUGCCGAUUUAAUUAAAAUGGUUUAUUCAAAAGGUAUCCCGGAAUCAAAAGUAUCUUAUAUCUUAAGGGAUACUGUAAAAGGUUUAAAAUAUUUACAUGAUCAAAAGAAGAUACAUAGAGAUAUCAAAGCUGCCAAUAUUUUAUUGACAGAUUGUGGGAAAGUCAAAUUGGGAGAUUUUGGCGUUAGCGGACAAAUCAGGGCCACCAUGAAGAGAGGUACUUUUGUUGGGACACCAUACUGGAUGGCUCCAGAGGUAAUAAAUAAACAAUGUAAAGGUUACAAUGAGAAAGCUGAUAUUUGGUCACUUGGAAUUACUGCUUAUGAAUUAUUAAAGGGGGUACCACCUUUAUCCAAAUAUGAUCCAUUCAAAGUUAUGUUGAAUAUUCCCAAAAGAAAACCGCCAAAGCUUCACGGACAGUAUUCAGAAAAGGCCAAAUAUUUUGUCUCCUUGUGUUUAAUAAAAGAUCCUAAACAAAGGCCUUCUAUUGAAGCAUUAUUAGAGACAGAUUUUUUAUUGCCAAAUACUGUAUUGAACUUAAAAGAAGAUGUUGAUUUAAUAAAGUCAAUAAAGUUGAAGAAUAAUUAUUCUAAAACACCAAAAUAUCAACUUAAUCAAAAAAUAUAUGAUGGUUCAGAAAAUAUAAUGUCUUGGAACUUUGAUGUAUCAGAGAAUAACAAUAGCAUACAAGAAAUUUACGAGAAUAAUAUUCAAACCACUGAAGCAGCAACAUUGCAAAAGAUGUCAGAAUUAGAAAAGAGUCCAACAACACCCACUUUAGAUAUGAGAACAUCUAAGCCAUCCAGUCAAUUAGAGACACCAAUGACAAAUAUUAGUGAAAGAUCGUUUAGGAGAUUGGAUAAGACUAAAAACAAUAUUGUCGCAGGAAAAAUUACCAACACAAAUGAUUCAAAAACAUCUUCUGAGAAGAAUCUAUUUGAUUUGAAGGAAUUUGACUAUUUAAAAAAUGUAAUAAAUUAUAGUUUUACUAGAAUGCAUGAAAGAGCAAAAGAUGAAGAGACAAAAUAUUAUGUCGAUGGAAUAAUGUCCAAUUUUACAAAAACUGAAUCACAAGUCCCAGGUUUCAGUGAAGUCUUCAUUGAAGAAAUUUCAUUAAGAAUGACUUCAAUUAAAGAAUACAUUGCAAGCCGUCAAUAA